AUGACACUGCCAGACGCGGACACGGAAGUGAGAGCUUCCAGCGAAGCUGCCGAGAACUUUGUGAGCAGCUAUUACCAGGCAAUCAACAGCCGCACUAAGCUCGACACCUUCUACAUCAACUCGUCCACCCGCUACUCCAUCCCGGCCGACAUCUCCAUCAACGGCUCCGUGGUCCCCACGCCGGCCGAGUACGCCAGGCUCCUCGAGACGCAGGGCGACAACGUGCUGUACGAGAUCGAGUCGCUCGACACGCACAUCAUCAACCCUUCGUUCCAGUACGGCGCCCCCGACAAUGUCUACGAGAGCGACAAGAACGAGAAGAGCGGGCGCAAGAUGAGCAUCGUCGUCACCACGAUGGGCAAGGUCCGGUUCGGCAAGGGGCGGGACGCGCCGCAGAAGAUGUUCAACGAGACGUUUGUGCUGGUGCCCAACUGGGACGCCAUGGCGAGGAAUCCGGCGAGGGGGCUCAAGAGGUGGCUCAUCAUGUCUCAAAACUUUCGCGCUCUCUGA